AUGCAAUACGCCCGUCUCGGUACAUCUGGCGUCAAAACCUCGCGCAUUAUUCUCGGUUGUAUGGCCUUUGGCUCUCCAGCCUGGGAAGGCUCAUCUUGGACUCUACCGGAAGACGAAAGCAUGAAAGUCAUCAAGCGAGCCUGGGACCUGGGAAUUAACACCUGGGACACAGCAAACACCUAUUCCAAUGGGGAAAGCGAGCGCAUUCUCGGGCACGCCAUGAAGAAAUUAGAGAUCCCACGCUCCAAAGUUGUCAUUAUGACAAAACUCUAUUACCCAGUCAUGGGUGACGAGUCGCGGCCGCAGCCACCAGACAGUUAUUCGCAACAGCUUGUUAAUCAGAUGGGUCUGAGCAGAAAACAUAUCUUUGACGCCGUCGAGGCAUCGUUAGAGCGUUUGCAAACCUCGUAUAUUGACGUCCUCCAAAUCCACCGCCUUGACCAUGACACCCCGCCCGAAGAAAUCAUGCGCGCCCUCCAUGACCUCGUCUGCAUGGGGAAAGUGCGGUACCUCGGCGGGAGUAGCAUGUAUACGUGGGAGUUUGCACGCCUACAAUAUACAGCGAAGCUCAACAACUGGACAACUUUUACGUCUAUGCAGCCUUUUUACAAUCUACUUUACCGCGAAGAAGAGCGGGAUAUGCUCCCCUUUUGUAGAUCUGAGGGAAUAGGGAUCAUCCCUUGGAGUCCAUUAGCGAGAGGACUCUUGGGAAGGCCCGCCGGCACGACAAGUAGCAGGAAUGAAGCCGAUGCGAAGACGAAAAAAUGGUUCGAUGAUGCAGAGCCUGAGAUCAUUCAACGAGUAGAGGAGCUGAGUAGGAGGAAAGGGUGCAGCAUGGCGAGCGUCGCAACCGCUUGGGUAAUCAAGAAAGGCUGCUCGCCUAUUGUAGGGCUUACCAGCGUGGAGAGGGUGAAUCAGAUAAUGGAGAGUUUGGGGGUGGAGUUAUCAGAUGAGGAAUGUAAAUACUUGGAAGAGCUUUAUCGGCCGAGAUCAGUGCAAGCCAUAUGA